GCUAACAGACGACGUACUACGUAUGUAUGGUCUGACAUCGAGCUCAAACUUCUCUCGUGCUCCAAUUGUUGCUGUGUCGCGUCGUCGAUAGCUUGUUAAACUUGCCGCUGCUUGAUACGUUAUUAGCCGACGUUCAUUCGGUGUGGUCAAGGCGAAGAGUGAGUUUUACGCGGAGCAAAUCGUGCAUGGUAGUUACGUUCCGUUGUUUUUUUUUUAGCGCAAAGACCAGCCACGUCUAUACGUUCUUUAGUCUAUUAGCGUGUACACCGUUGUGUUCUUUACACCUUGUGUGCUUUAUCUAAUGCAUGUAGUAAGGGGAUACUAACUUUACAUGCGCAAACCUGACCAGCUCUUUCUCACCUGUACGUAAGCUGGAUUCUCAACUUUGAACAUUUCAACUCAGGGAGAAAGGUCGUACCUUUCUCGCUAUAUUUUACCCAGACGUGGAAAAUUCACUGCUGGAUAUUACGACGAAUUUCCACUCGAUUCAGAAUGAGGGGUGGACCAUGUCUGGUGCAGCCGGGCAAGCGCUCAUGUGUGCUCUUCUGUUAAUCUCCGUGUCGGUCUUGAAGUGCCAAUCAGCUCCCUUGGAUAGCAAAGCUAAGGAAGGCGACAAUGUUAUCAUGCCAGAGACAGAGGAGGACAUUUUGGACCCAGAUUGGCUCGCUAGUAAGCUCAGCCAGUACAAUGACUCGGCUUAUGAGAUGCAAGCUGACGGACGUUUUAUUAGCCAUGUAAAGGAGAAACCGAGGCUACGAAUGUUCUACAGCCGUGGCGGUUACCACUUGCUUAUACUGACAAACGGGACAGUUACUGGGACUAACUCGAGGGAUGAUAAAUAUGCCAUAAUGCAAGUCUUCUCGAUACGGAGUCCGACUGUUGUCGCAAUCAAGGGUGUCUACAGUGAGAAGUACCUAGCUAUGGAUAAAAAAGGAAAUCUGUACGGAACGCCACACUGUCCGCAUACGCCGUGGAAGACGAAAAACUGUCAUUUCAGUGAAGCCUUGAGCAAAACCAAAUACAACACUUACUUCUCUGUCAAAUACCCGCCGAAAAAAAAGAAAACAAAGAAACAGAGAAAGCGUCGACGUCCUGAAACGUAUUACGUUGGACUUGGCAAGGAUGGAAAACCUCUAACGGGGCCUCAAACCAGGUCGGGCAGGAACAGUGUGUUGUUUUUACCGCGGCCAUUGGAUGACAAGGCUAAUGAAUCAGCGAAAGAGUACCUGGACGGUCCUAAAUGAAUAUACAUUUACAUUAAGUGUCAGUGAUCGAAUAUAUGAGAACGCUUUAGCAUGUGUCUGCGAAUGCUUGAAAGAAUGGUGAAAAAG